AUGUCUACCAAAAGCCUGGCUAACUCCAGAUCUAACAAACAGGCUCGCGAAGCCUCGCCUUUCUUCUCACUCCCUAAUGAAGACGGUAGUAAUCCCCACCAAAAUUAUGACUCGGACCAGUCCCAGCAAUCUCAACAGCAUCAACCCAUAACACUAUCAUGUGCAAGCUGCGAACGAAUUGUCGGAGAUAGCUCGGCCUUUUUGUGUGCGACCCGGCAGAUGGGCACUAUCACGUUGGAUCGGAUGGUGUCCACAAAUUUUGGUCCUGGAGGAUUAAAGACAAGUAUAGAAGGCACUUGGGACGAGUUUUGUAAUUACAAAGACAUUAUAUGUGGGAAAUGUUCUACUGCUUUGGGGAAGAUGUACUUUGCAACUACUUCGAAGCUUUCGGCUCUGCAGAAUAAAUACACACUCAAUGUAACAGCCCUUUCGUUUUAUCAUCAUGCAUCCGAUGCACCCUCACUUCCUAUCGCUGCCACCUCAGAGAUCUAUACGCAAAUUCAUCCUUCCCCCGACGCUUUGGCGGAGAAUAUUGGUCAUAUUAUGACGAUUUGUGUUAUGCUCCGUGAAGAACAAGGAGAUAUCAUAAGGGAGCUAAAGAAGUUAGGGCAGUCUACGGGAGUAGAAAUAGACCUGGAAGAUGGUGGCACAAGCGGGGUAGAGCUCGAAUCAAAACAAAGCUGGAUAGGGAGGACAGAAACCCUUAACGAGAUUGUGGAGAAGGUCAAAGUCCUGGAAGAAAGUAUCGAGAAGAUAGGGAAAAGGCUUGGAAUUCAUGGAAAUGACCAAGAAAACGGCUCUCCGGUUGGGGAACCCCGGAAACGAACACAGCAGGAUGAUAUAGCCAUGAGUGAAGUUGGCCCGCAACUGGGAUUCCGGAGACAAGAGAAGAAACCACAAAAGGCUCCUCUACCAGUAAUGCACAAAAGAAAGCGAAAAGGAGCCGACGAUGAUAUCGUCUCUGGUGUUCGUAAGCAGGAUGAUGGAGCUUCUCCAAUUACACAUCAUCAAAGUAAGAGAGGGUCCAAAAAGGAAGUGCCGAACUCACAGAGUGCGGAUGAAGUGGAAGAGAUCGACAAUAAUGAUGGUGGCGAAGAGUACCAGGAGACUGGAGGGGACUGGCGGGAGGAAGAAGGGGACGAAGACGAGAAGGAAACGGAGAAUCAAAUAAAAUCGCCGGCUGAAAAGCGGAGAAAAGCUAUGAGAGUUCCCAUCAUAGAUAAGAGGAAACCUACUGGAAGGAGAGUUCUACAAGGGAAAGCGCAUAAGUAA